CACGCCGUCACCGUCGGGAGCUAAACAGGGAGGGAUCACCGGGAUUGGGAUCGGAACACUUCAGCCGCCGCUGCUGCUGUCGACACAAACAACCACCGGCUUUAUUUUAUUUCUAACGGAAUAAUCGUGACCAUAACGGGGGUGCUGGAUACUGGGAGGACGGCAUGGGAGAGCUCACGGCGUUUCUGCUGUUACUGGUGGCGACCUUGACGCUUUCAUCCGAGGUGCCUGCUGAUGACUCUGUGGGUUUGCUAACUGAGCCCCAGGUGGCCAUGUUCUGCGGGAAGCUCAACAUGCACAUCAAUGUGCAGAGUGGCAAAUGGGAGUCGGAUCCCUCUGGGACCAAGAGCUGCAUCGGCACCAAAGAGGGCAUCCUGCAGUACUGCCAAGAGGUGUACCCAGAGUUGCAGAUCACAAAUGUUGUGGAGGCCAACCAGCCCGUCAGCAUCCAGAACUGGUGCAAGAAAGGCCGCAAGCAAUGCCGCAGUCACACUCACAUUGUGGUGCCAUACCGCUGCCUGGUUGGGGAGUUUGUGAGCGACGCCCUGCUUGUUCCCGACAAGUGUAAGUUCCUGCAUCAGGAGCGUAUGGAUCAGUGUGAGAGUCACCUGCACUGGCACACUGUAGCCAAAGAGUCUUGCGGAGACCGCUCCAUGAAUCUCCAUGACUACGGGAUGCUGUUGCCAUGUGGUAUCGACCGUUUCCGUGGUGUGGAGUUUGUGUGCUGUCCGGCAGAGGCGGAGCGAGAGUCAGACAGCGCUGAACUAGAAGGGGAGGAGUCAGACGUCUGGUGGGGCGGAGCCGAGACUGAAUACUCUGAUAACAGCAUGUCACGCCCAGCAGAGACAGUGCCAGCCACUGCAGAGGACGAUGAAGACGAAAAUGAAGAGGCGGAGACUUUUGAAAGGGAUGAGAACGGAGACGUCGACGAAGAUGAGGAGGAGGAUGAGGAAGACGACGACGUGACCGAUGAACGGGAUAGCGAUGAGCGCAAUGCUAACAUCGCCAUGACAACCACAACCACCACCACCACUGAGUCAGUCGAGGAAGUGGUUCGAGCUGUUUGUUGGGCUCGUGCCGAGUCAGGCCCGUGUCACGCCAUGCUGGAGCGUUGGUACUUCGUGCCUGAGAAGGGCCGCUGUGCUCCCUUCUUGUUUGGGGGCUGUGGGGGCAACAGGAAUAACUUUGACUCGGAGGAGUACUGCCUAGCUGUCUGCGGCAGCUCGCUGCCCACCAUGGCCCCCAGCCCUCCAGAUGCCGUGGAUCGGUACCUCGAAUCUCCCGGGGACGACAACGAACACUCUGACUUCCAGAAGGCCAAGGAAAGCCUGGAGGCCAAACACCGUGAGAAGAUGUCCCAGGUGAUGAGAGAGUGGGAGGAGGCUGAGAGGCAGGCCAAGAACCUUCCUCGCGCUGACAAGAAGGCUGUCAUCCAGCACUUCCAGGAGAAAGUUGAGGCUCUGGAGCGGGAGGCAGCAGGAGAGAGGCAGCAGCUAGUGGAGACCCACAUGGCCCGGGUGGAAGCUCUGCUCAACAGCCGCCGUCGCCUGGCUCUGGAAAAUUACCUCAGCUCCCUACAGGCCAACCCUCCACGGGCCCGUCAGGUGCUGAGCCUGCUGAAGAAGUACGUCCGUGCUGAGCAGAAGGACAGGCAGCACACGCUGAAACAUUACGAGCACGUCCGCACGGUCGAUCCCAAGAAGGCUGCACAGAUCCGACCUCAGGUUUUGACCCACCUACGUGUGAUUGAUGAGAGGAUGAAUCAGUCUGUUGGCCUGCUCUACAAAGUGCCCAGUGUGGCGAAUGAGAUCCAAAACCAAGUCUCUGUUAUAAUGCAGAGAGUUCAGUCGGAGCUGUCUCAGCAAGUCUCUUCCCUGCAGAGCGAUGGGCGGGUGGAUGGCAGAGUGAGUUACGGUAAUGAUGCGCUGAUGCCUGACCAGGCCUACAGCUCUGCUCCUAUGGACCCCGGCCUGGACGGACUGGGCUUCAUCCACCCUGAGAGCUUCAACCAGCCCAACACAGAGAACCAUGUGGAACCUGUUGAUGCUCGUCCAAUUCCAGAUAGAGGACUCCCGACACGACCUGUAUCUGCCCUGAAACCAGAGGAGAUGCCAGAAGUGCGGAUGGAGACUGAAGAGAGGCAAAGUGCUGGUUAUGAAGUUUACCAUCAAAAACUGGUGUUUUUCGCUGAGGAUGUGGGGUCGAAUAAAGGUGCUAUCAUUGGACUCAUGGUUGGAGGGGUUGUCAUAGCAACUGUCAUUGUCAUUACUUUGGUGAUGCUGAGGAAGAAACAGUACACUUCCAUUCAUCACGGUGUAAUUGAGGUGGAUGCAGCAGUCACACCAGAGGAGCGUCAUCUGGCCAAGAUGCAGCAGAACGGUUAUGAAAAUCCCACCUACAAAUUCUUCGAGCAGAUGCAGAACUAAAAGAACUGCUCAUCAGCAUUUCCUCCCCUCACACUUUCACUCGUCAGGUCUGUUCCAUUCUGGUCCCUUGCCCUCAGCCCAUACACCUUCAGGUUCUCACCUUGUUAAAGGCAAAGCAAAGGUGGCUCGUUUUUAUGUUGUUGGAAAGUUAGGAGCAGAUAAGUGAAGCCUUUGUACCAGUUCAUGUCUCAGUCAGGGGUUUGAGCCAAAGGAAAACAACAUGGAACAAAGCCUGCCUAAUCCCUGAUCACUUGAUUGUAAAGAGCUUACAUCCACCUGCAAUUUAUCGGACAAGGGUAUCCUUUUUCACCUGCACUUUGGCCAGUAACAACAAAAACUCUAUUCAGCCUGUUUAUACCUGGUGUUAUCGUGCGUCUUGGGUGAUCUGAUCACAAGUGGACGGCUUUGAGUGUGUCUGUAAACACAAGGCAUUAGAGUGCAUCUUCACAUGGGUCUUUAGUGACCACUGCAAAAUAAACUGGUGAAUAAUUUCCGUUUGCAAAGACCAGCUGCUUAGUUGUUUUUAACCGUGAGGAGGUUUGUCUUGCUGUAAACUCUGCUGUGUUAGCUCUUGCUAACCAGGCAGAUGUUGAACUGACUGUUCUUUGGGAGCAGAGUUGCUUCGGAGACGGUAGUUCGGAUCUGUGCCUGCGCAACUGCACAGACAGAAGGCUUUUAUUAUCCGGUCGGGUAGCAGAUAAGCAAGGACGUUAGUGUGGCCCAGGACACAGUAGCAUUCACACUGCUGAAACAAUGUGGCCACAUUUGGCCCAGACCAGCUCCGAAUGUGGUCUGAGCGUUUGGAUCUCCAGACGCAUUGAGGACACAUUUGGUUCACUCACACAUGUACUUAGAGCUGUCCACUUGUGAUCUGAUCACCCAGGACACCUUAAUACCAGGUGUAAACAGGGUCAUAGAGUUCCUACUGAAAAACCCUGCUGAUGAUUUAUGUGACGUCUCGGAGCUGAGACGAUGUAAAUCUAAGCAGUUUAAUUCCCAAUCACUCGCUCAUCACUCCAACUGUUCCGUUUUCCUCAAACUGCUCCACCCUCCCCACCCCCACCCCCACUCUCCGAUGACAGCUGUGCUGUGUUUGAUGACAUAACAGCUCUUAGAGCUGGCAAUGGGAGGAGGGGCUCUCAAAGCGCCUCUCCGCACGAUUAAAGCCCAACUGUUUCAGGUUUGUUUUUCAAAAAAGGAAAAAAAAAAAUGCAGAAAAAUUCUACAUAAUCAAAAUAUGUAAAAGUUGAAAAAUAUUGAAUGUUUUGUUUUCUGAUUUUUUUUUAUGUGUAAUAUAUUAAGACAGAGAUUAGCUGUAAGUAAAUGUAGUGCAUGGCAAUAUUGAUGACAGAUACAGUAUACUGUAUGUUGAGGUCCUCGGGAGCGGUCCUCUCUUACUAGAUAUUUUAGCAGGAUUGUACAUUUCUAGUGUCUUCUUUGUGACCUUGUGAUAUGAAGAAGAAAAAGAGUAUUCAGAACCCGGUCUGCUUUGUCGUCACACAGACUUGCUUUAACUGAAUCUUGGCUCGUUAACGCUCAUCUCCAUGCUUCACUGUUGUGUUAGCUGCAUGGGCAAAAUGCUCUAUAUGUAAUAUAUGAAGUGUAAUAGUAUCCGAAAGGAAGACGAUUUUGUUACUGUUUGCGUUCUAUGCACUCUGUCAUUUUUGAAGUCUGAUUAUUAUCACCAAAUAUUAUUAUUGCUGUUAAGUCCCUGAUGCCAAUUCACGCUGUCGCUGCACAUCUGGGUUUUUGUUAGAACAAGGAGUUCAAAGGUUUUCUGAAAGUGUAUCAUUCCAGAUUUAUCAUUCCACUCUUUCUCUUGAUUGUAAAUAUUUGGAAGAUGGAGAUCUGGCUCUCAAUGGCCUGGUUUCAUUAUCAAGCUCCACCUCUCCGUCUCUUGCUCGUGUGUUCUUCAGUCUUUCUUUCCAACCCCGUUUGUCCUGUUUAUCCUCUCUUUCCGGCUGCGUCAGCAAUAUUGUACAGCGCAGCACUUUUGAGUAUUUGCUAAAGAGACGGGACUCGUUGGGCCUACAAACGUUUUCUCCUUUUCACACACAUUCCUUCACCAAAUCUCACAUUCUAUUUUUCUACAUUUCCUGUGUAUACAUGUACAGUGCUUCUGUUCGUCCUGUGGUGGAUAUUUCUUUGUCUGCGUUAUCUGUUGUCAAGUCCUCACGAAGAGGUGAAGAGUUAACAACAAUAGGAGGAUGACCACGACUCACAUCAGCAUGGAGACACGUUUCCCUCUCCCAUUACUAUUAAGUUAUUAACGCCACCUUCAGUCAACAUGAAUGUGACAUGCAUAGUGUGCUUUUAUACCAUAGAAAUACAACACAUAUCACCUCUCUACAUAUGAUAUCCACACAUGUACAGACACACUAACUGAAGCUCUUAAUCAGGUGAAUGUUAAAAAUUUGUAUCGAUGCUCACCCUGGAUGUCUUUGGAGGCUCGUGUUUUAAAAAAAGAAAAAAAAAAAGUAUGCUUUUUGUUUCUCUCAUCGAUUCAGUGACCUUCCUCUGUGUGUAGUUAAAUGAACCAUUUGCUUAGAGUAAGAAAAGGCUUUCUACACUCACUAUACCAUGAAUAAAAUUUUGAAUGUACAUACA